AUGCAUUUCACCAAGGCAAUCGUGUCUCUUUUCGCUCUCUCUAGCUUCGCUGCUGCCUAUAACUAUAAUGGCGACGAGGCCUCCCUCGCUGCCCGAGAUGAAGCCUAUGCCGACUAUCUCUAUGCCCGCGAGGAGUAUAUACAGGCGCGUGAUGUUUACCGCCGCGCUGCUGCCAAGGCUCCUAAGGCUCCUGCUAAGGCUCCUGCCAAGGCUCCCGCCAAGCCUGCUGGCAAGGGAGCAAAGAACCCUGGCCCGCCUCCUCCCGGCCCAGGCUUAUGUGGCUUGGGUCAUGAUGGGCUGUUCACCCUCUGCAUCAGGAAUAUGAGAAACUGCGGCUCAUGUGGUCCUAGAGCUCAGUUCAAUGAUCCCUGCCUUUGCAGCUACUAA